UUGGAUUUCCAUCUUUACUUUCAUUUUCCAUCUCUACAAACUACCAUACUCCUCAUCUCCGCCUGGAUGGGUGAUCAGCUUAAUCUUGCUAGAGAGAACUCGACUUGAUAUACUCCACAUCUCCUCACGCUGCGCUGCGGGCGCACGGACAAUCGAAAGUAGCAAGAAACAACCUUGGCGACGAAUGAGGUAACGGCACACGGAAACCAUGCACCAUGGCAGCGUCAACCCUUUCCAACUACCAGCUAGGGGACCUCCUGGGCAGGGGUGCCUCUGGAAACGUCUACCGCGCACUCAACUUUCUCACUGGCGAAACGGUCGCUAUCAAGUCCAUCUCCCUCCUCUCCCUUCCUCCGUCCUCCCUCCCCGAUAUCAUGUCCGAGAUCGACUUGCUUAAAAAUCUCAACCAUGCGAAUAUUGUCAAAUACAAGGGAUUUGCUAGGGAUAAGGAGAAUCUAUGGAUCAUCUUGGAGUAUUGCGAGAAUGGGUCGUUACAGACCAUCUUGAAAAAGUUUGGCAAGUUCCCGGAAAGCUUGGUCGCUGUGUACAUCAGUCAAGUGCUGGAGGGCCUGAUCUACCUGCACGAGCAGGGCGUGAUCCACCGUGACAUCAAGGGCGCAAACAUUCUCACCAACAAGGACGGGUCCGUCAAACUUGCCGAUUUCGGAGUCUCCUCUCGUGCCCCUACCGCCGUUCUCGACCAAUCUGGUAAAUCCAACGAUGGCGAAGCCGAAGUAGUUGGGUCUCCUUACUGGAUGGCACCGGAAGUGAUUGAACAAAGCGGUGCGAGCACAGCGAGCGACAUAUGGAGUGUAGGCUGUGUGGUGGUCGAGCUGCUGGAGGGGAAACCACCUUACGGUGAUUUGGCGCCGAUGCAGGCUUUAUGGAGGAUUGUGCAAGAUGAGAGUAUGCGCAUUCCGGAAGGUGCCAGUCCUAUUGUCAAAGAUUUCUUAUACCAUUGCUUUCAAAAAGAUCCCAACCUUCGAAUUUCUGCCAAGAAACUACUCCGCCAUCCAUGGAUGUUAUCCGUCAAAAAAUCCGCGUCAAACCGCCCCCCAAUCACGCCGUCUUUAGUCGAUACCACCUUUGACCAUAGUAUUGAUCCAAAAGCUAACUCCGACGGCAUAACUCCUCAAGCCCAACGAGAUGGAAACAAGUCCAGACCUGAAAGAGAGGGUGAAAACGAAAAGCAAUCACGACAAGGGACAGUAAAACCGCGCAAGAAGAUAAUGACAGUGUAUGAUGAAGCUGUACAGAGGGUACAGGAAUGGAACGAAGCUCUCAAAGCGUCACCUAAAAACCUCUCCAAGCCAUCACCAUCUCCUUCCCCAUCCACUUCGUCUGCCUCUGCCUCAACCUCUGCAUCAAAAGCCCUCCUUCUUCCUGUCCCAUCUACAAAUCCACUCAUAUCAAAGGCCCGCCAACGAGGCGAGUCCAACCCUCCGCUCUCCCUCUUCUCCCUUCUUCCCACCUCCAACUCCAAACCUCUAUCCUCAUCCUUAUCCCAAGAACAGCCUCUGUCGCUACCGCUCCAACUGCGAAAUCAGGUAGGGCAGGGGGGAGGACUGUUGAGUAAAAACUAUAUGGUGAGUGACGUACUUGAACGAGCGAAGGAGGAAGGAGAGGAGAGAUGGGAUGAUGAUUUUGCGGAAGGGAUUUCGUUCUCAAAAUUAGGACGGACAGAGAUAUACAAGCACCCCCAAGCGCAUCAUCACACCCACUUAACAUCAUCUGCUUCAAGCGCGUCAACUGCGAGGGAAGAGGCAGAGGAGGCGAAUCAAAAGACUCUCCGACAAAAUCGUGCUUUGGCUCUACCCACCCCCUCUUCAAAGCCGGGACGAAAAUCAAACUUGUCGCGCCCUGUGGGCGAAGUAGAGGAUUACUCGGAUAUGGAACAAGCUUUCGGAGAGAAUGAAGGGUCGUUGGAGAAAAAAAUGAGGAUUCUCAAAUUGAAGGCCAUAGGACGAAAAGGUCUUAUGCACCCUGACGAUAUCCAUAAAUACCCACUUUCGCCUGUCAAACGUAAACCCUCUUCUCGAGUUGAUGUCCGAGGAAAUUCAAGUACGUCCACAACUGCGACCACAUGCGCAUCCGCAUCCGCGUCCAACCCCGGUGCCCCUCCGAUCACUGUCCCUCUAUCAUCAUCUAUCCCCAUCCCAAAUUCCUCCUUUCCUAGGCGGCGUGCACCUUCGAAUCCUAUUCCUUCCUCUUUUUCUACACUCACCAUCCCCUCAUUGUCUGAAACGGGCACAGGAAUGAGCACAGAAACGAAAAAUAGGAAUAGGGACAACAGCUUUCUGUCUCAAGAUGCACCAACUCGAUCCUCUCCAUCCUCCCGCUCGAGCUCGUUGAGAAAUAAAGCCAAAGUAGGCGAAGAGGUGGAAGAACAGAUCAAGAAAUAUACAGAGAAUGAAGAAGAGAAUUAUGAGGAUAUUUUCGGUGGUGCGAAUAAGACUUUUUCGUCGUCGCAGGAAGUGCCUUUGAAGCUCGUUCUUCUUCCUUCUCAUCCACUCUCAUCAUCUUCUGCCUUGCGUAAUGGUGGUGGUGGAGGGCGAGGGUCAAGUGAAGGAGGUAUAUCAUUCACCGACCCCCACUCCCACAUCAAUUUUGACUACCCAGAAUCGGACGAAGAAGACAUGCUCGACCCUUUCGCCGAGAUUGAAGACGAGUUUGACACAGCCGAAGAUUUGGAGAAGAAAUUGAUGAGGGAUAAAAAAGUGAUGAUGCAGGGAAAAGUGAGCAAAUUGGUGGAUGAGUUGAUGAUUGGCGGAGUGGGGGGAGGAGGGUUAAGAGGCGUUUGUGAUGAUUUGUUUGGGAUUCUGGAGAAUAGCUCGCCUGAAAUGGGAUUGGAAGCUCAUUUUGUUGCUCAACAUGGUCUUAUCGCUGUGCUGGAAGUGCUCGAAUCGCGAUUGAGUAGGGAUGUAGUCGUAAGGCUACUGAAACUUGUUAAUCUGAUUGUGACUAGCAAUGUUGAACUGCUCGAGUCAUUUUGUCUCAUUGGCGGUAUCCCCGUCAUCAUCCCAUACACGUCAAAGAAACAUUCUUUAGAAACGCGGUUGGAAGCAUCGAGAUUUAUCCGUCAGCUAACAAGGUCAGCAUUAACUUUACAAAUGUUCAUCUCGUGCCGUGGGCUCCGAAUCCUUGUGGAACUGCUUGAUGAAGACUACGCCCUUAACAAAACACUCAUUCUAUCCUCUCUUGAGGGUAUUAAUUCUGUCUUCGAAUUACAGAGCCCCACACCAAGGAACGAUUUCGUGAGAAUGUUUGUCAGAGAGGGGGUGAUUGAUCCGCUCUCUACUGCGUUGCUGGCUAUUUUGAAAGAUAAAUACGAGGAUAGAAGUGCGAAUGACGACGGAAAUGGUAACGGCAAUGGAGAGAUGGAGGAUGGCCAAGGACAGGAACGGGGGCAAUUCAUGAUGGAGCAGGCCAGUAGAUCGGUUGGGGUAUUACUGUUCUUCUGUCAAGUGGCGCAGGCAGAUGCAAGAGUGAGAGAGGCGUUCGCCACGAGAACUAUCAUGAUUCGUUUACUGAAAGCGUGCGAUCUCUUGCCCCGAAAGUUACUCGUUACGGCGAUCAAAGCUAUUAAACACCUCUCCACAUCCCCACAACUGAUUGAAGUCCUCCAGAAUUCCAAUGCAAUGGAGAUACUUGUGGAUCUUUUGGGGAAGAACAUCAAGGGAAGUCACAGUAAUGAAAUUUGCUCACACAUCUUCCAAACUAUCUACUCUAUGACACGUCUCUCCAAAUCCCGACAAGAAGAAGCUGCAUCUAGCGGUAUCAUUCCCCUUCUCAAGCGGGUGAUUCAAAAUAAAUCUCCUUUGAAGCAAUUUGCCUUGCCGAUUUUAUGCGAUAUGGCCAAUGCGGGCAAGGGGAGUAGGAGGUUGUUAUGGCACUAUGAUGGACUGGGUCUUUAUCUGGAUUUAUUGGAAGAUCCCUACUGGAGAGUUAGUGCGCUGGAUGCAAUCUUGGCUUGGAUGCAAGACGAGACAGCACGGGUAGAAGAUGUCUUAUUGGAGAAGUCUGCUUCAGAUUCCCUUGUGAGGUGCUUUGUCCAAGCAUCUGGGGUGUCAUUUGAGGGUAUUCUCGAUCCAUUAUUCAAGGUUCUCCGUCUUUCCACAUCCCUCACCUCUUCCCUCUCUCACCCUCCCUUCUUCUCCCGCCUCUCGGAAUCCCUUGAACGAUCGAGUAAAGCAGUCAUCAAACUCAACCUCCUCCGACUCACCAAAGUCGUCUGCGAAUGUCAUCCUGACAAAGCCACCCUCGUUGAGAGAUUUGGUCUUGCACAGAUUGUCGAGCGGCUGAGCAAACAGGAUGGAGCGGUGCUUGUGAGGGAGCUGGCGAAAGAAAUUUUGCCAGGGUUGUUGUUCGGUGGUGAUGCACCGGAUCCAGCUGCAUCUUUUCGGUAUACGAGUUCAGGUACUGUAGGAGAGGAGAGGGGUGGAAGGACGAUGAAGAGUCAAGGAAGGAUGGAAGGGAGAAGGUCGUCCCAGCUUCGCCGGACUCUCUCAGAGAACGUUGCUACGGACCUCUUGCAUCCUGCUCCUCCUGUUGCACCAUUUCCCAGCACUGUCUCAAGGUGUAAGUAUACAAAGGAAAGGGGGUAGGACGAGACGGAGGAAGACGAGACGGAGGAAGACGGAGAAGUAGUUUUGCGGUGCAGAGGAGAAAACAGUAGUAGAACGACCCAUCGAUGUUUGUCUGUGUACAGUAUUAUGUUUAAUAUCCACCCUGCAUCGAUAUACCACUUUGUCUGAUAUGUAUUACCAUUUUCUUUGCAAAAUACAU